AUGGAGGAAAUUCAACAAGUUUGUGUUAGAGCUGCCGAACAGCUAUCAAGUGGAAACGUAAAAGAUGCAUAUUUUACUUAUAUAGGUGCACUUGACGUGGCCUCUAAGGAACUGCAUUCGAUAAAAUUUGUAAAUAACGUCGUGACAUCGAAGCCACCGUCAGUUCCAUCAAUAUUCAAAACACUUCAAGCCUGUCUAGUCUAUGCAGAAGACAUUAUCAACAAAAACCAAUCGUCGAUAUUAACGUCUAGAAAAAAUGCAAAUCUCAAUAUUUCUGUUCAUCCUCCAACACCAUUGCAAGAAGAUCCCACCGACACUACCACAUCUCCCAGAGCCCCUCCCAUACCACCAAAGCCAAUGCGUAGAUCUACCCCUUCUCCACUUUCAUCUCCCAGACAAUCAUAUAGUGUAUCAACAUCACCUCCUACUAAACCACCUUUACCCCCAAAACCAACACGAACGGGAAGUGUAAGAAAGUUAUUAAGGGAGUAUGAAGCGCAGACCGCGGCCACAACAACUGCCACUGCAAAUGAUUCGGAUAACGCGGAUGAGGGUGGUGGAGAGGAUGCUGAUAACUCAGAUUCGGAUUCGGAUGAUGAAGAUGAGGAUUCAGGACAAGGAACGUACUCAACAUCUGACAACAAUUUAAAGAUCUCAUCGGAUACGUCUCGUCGACGUUCGGCGUCACCCAAUCUAUCCAUAAUCAUCAGAAAGGAGUCACCAGUAGUUGACUCGGUUACUGACUCGCAAACAGAUGAAGAGUCACCGAGCUCCGCUCAUGCAGCAUCGUCACCACCAACACUAUCAUAUUAUGCAUCAAUGGAUCAGAAUUCUCAUCCGUUGUCAUUUUUGUACGAAAAGUCAAAUGUAGCAUGUAAGGCAGUAUAUCCGGAGGGAGCCGUUGAUCCCACAAACAUAGUUGAAGCUACGGUUAUUACAGACAUUCACAAUAUGCAAAAUCCAAGUUCGCCUACAUCAAUAAGUUUUACUGAUCAUGUGCCCAAAAUUCCUGCGUCGCCUCUUUUAACGUCACAUUCACGAUUGGAACAAAAAAUAAGAGUAUUAGAAACAAAGAUAGCUGAAUAUAGGGCUGUAUCUAAGGACAGAGAAUCCGGGGUAGGUAUUAAAGACGAUAAAGGACAAUUGCUAUCCGAUUUGACUGAUGAAGAGAUAUCGGAUGCUAUAAGAGAAUUCAAUGCUACACUGGCUGCCUCGAGACGAGCAAUCACAAAGACACUAAAGCUUGUUCAAAAGGCAGCCAUUGAGUUUGAUGCUUUACAAUUCCCACCCUACUUGAUUGCAUAUCAAUUGACACUUAUCGAAUCAGCAAUAUUUUUAGAGAUAGAUCCCACAGCACUGUUAACCCAUUCACUCAAAACACCUGAUGCAAAAAUAACUGCAUCAACGGACUUUUUCAACUAUCUUACUCGACUAGUCGAGUUAACAAUACUGACACCUACAGAAGCAGCAACGAGAGCUCAAAUUAUUCAUCAUUGGGUCAAAGUAGCAGUUAAAUUGAACGAACUACAAAACUAUCAAACACUGAAGGCUAUAUUGUCGGCACUUGGUACACCACCUAUCAUGAGACUUAAACGUACUUGGACAUGUAUUCCAAAGAAGAGCACAACUAAACUAGAGACAUUGAAUGAAAUGAUGAGCGAAGCAAGAAAUUAUCAGAAAUACCGCGAAUUCAUACAAAAAAAGGGAUUCGCACGGAGAACAAUGGUGCCUUUUUUAGGAACAUUUAUUAUGGAUGCUACAUACCUUCUAGCUGCAGUCAAGUCUCAGUCUCAAGUUGGGUCGAGUCAACAUGGUAAUGGACCUCCUCCUCCGACGCCAAAUUCAACUAGUGUAUCUGUAUCUACUCCUUCUUCACCAAACAUAGUCGCAGCAAGAGAUGAUCCUCGUGUGCAAGAACUUUUACAAACAAUGCAUCGUUAUCAAACUGGACCCAAGUUUUCAUCAACGCCACCAUCGCCAUACGUUAAAUCGUCAACUAAACACAAUUCACACUUCCGCACCGCUAGUCUUAGUGCUGCUCUAUAUCGUGGCGGAUACAAGAGAAAUGACGAUGACGAUGAAACACUUGAAGAAAAACAAUGUCUGAUUACACAUUAUUUAUUAACAAGACCAUGGAUGCCUGAAAAAAGUGUUGAUGAACUAAGUAUAUUACGUGAGCCACCUAAAUACAAGAAUGGCAAUACUAGUUCCUCUCAGAGGAACAGUGGUGGACGCUUGUCUAGUAGUCUGGUGUCUAAUCCAUAUUCUGAGAGCACAAGUACUAUUACAACAAGUGAGAUGGGGCGGACAAGUUCAGGUGGGAGUAAUGAUUCCCGACCCAACAGCAUGGAAGACAGUGGCGAAACAGUGGUAUCUAAACUAGAACGGGCUGUCGCUUUCAAUGAGAAAGAUUUUGUCAAAGAAAAAGACAAGGAUAAAAGAAAUCUUACCGAUAUGGUUAAUAGAGUCCUAUUCGGACCACGAAGUAGUUUGGACAAAUCACAAGACAGAGAAAAGGAUAAACUGAAAACAGGCGACAGAGAUCGGGAUCGUAAAUCGGACGAAAGCGAUACUCGCGAAGAUUCCUACCGCAUCUUAUCAGAUACAAUAUUCGUAAGUAGCCCAACAUCAAAUAAACGCCGUAGCUGGCGGACUGGGGCAAAGAAAAUGUUUGGCGCACCUGAAUCCGAUAAACCGUACAAUCGUCACUCUUCCAAGAGUGACCCGCCACCGUUACCAAAAGUACCAACGCAUGCAAGAACAUCAUCAGCUGCUUCGCCGACGACCAAGUCGUCAACGUAUGUUCCUACGCUACCGGCGCGUAGAUCAUUGGAUGAGAUAAGAACCGGAACGCCACCGCCAUUGAUGCCUAAACCUGCAACUUUGAUGCAGAGAAGUGCCAGCGCAUCGUCUGCGAGUGGGAUAAGUGGUGGUGGGUCAGUGAGUGUUGCGGGUGGUUCAAGAUUAAGUUUGGAUGGUGCUGAAGACAUUAGAAUGGCGUUAGCUAGAAAAGUUGCGAGCGAGGUUGUCGCUGCUAGAAAGGAACAGGAAAGCAAGUGA